UAAUUGUAUGUAUUGACCUCAUCGGAGGAUGUCGAAACAAGGUGGAACUGAUUUUCUCAAUGAUUUUGAAUAGUAAUUGGUCACCCCUGAAACGGGUCAUAGGCUACCACUGAGCACUAAAUGUGCUUUUAUAAAACACAUUCAGAGACAUGGAAGAAGGAAGUAUAUAAAGCCUAAUGUAGGUGUUUAAAAUGCAUACACAGUUCGUAAUAAUAAAUUGGACCGCUUUAAUGCUGUUAAAGAGGAUGCACGAAGCAAACUGCUUCACAUUAAGCAAGACGCAACCAAAUUACAGAAAUGUUUUGUGAAAAUCUUUUCUUAUUAAUAAAAGCGAUCGCUUAUGUCGCUCCAAACAGUCACAUAUCCGUCCUCUAGUCUCUGUCACUCAUUCACCUGUUACUCUUCAACAGGUAGCAUCCGAUACAGUAUCUGUAAUAGUCCUGUCUUUAUUUAGACGCUUAUUAGCGUAAUUUGAGUUUCAAAGCUUCAUUUUUAUUUGGAUAUAGACCGCCUAUAAUUAAAUAUAUUACAUUGUUUUUAAUCGCGAAAGAUUUAAUCAUGUACGGAUCCCGCAGAACUUUAUUCCUCGUCAUUGUUUUAAGUGGCUCCCUUUUAGCCUUAUUUUAUGCUGGCAUGGUUUUUUGGAGUAAAAAUUCACUACCGGUAAUGAGACUCUCAAAUUGCCACCAUGUUUCAGAGAUCCCAGACUUUCCCAGACCAAAUAUUGGGCCUUUUCGCAAUGAGAAUCCAGCACCCUGUACUUGCCAAAAGACAAAUCCAGCAAACCAGUUCGUGUCAAAAGACGAUAUGGAUGACCUGCAGAAACGCCGGGCAGAAGAGUUCAGACAACACCAGAUCAGAUCAGGUAAAGAAAAUGAUGUUCUUCUUCUCGUCCCGGCCAACACACCGCUCCAGUAUCCGAUGAGAGGAUUCAGAGUAACUCCCAUGAAUAAAACACUCAUUCCUGGUCUAGCCCUGCAAACACAAAAGAGAGCGGUUUACAAGGUUUCUCUAAGGGUGCAUAAAGGAGUGCUUUCAGUGAUGAAUGUCCAGGAAGGAGAGCAGGUGGAGGGCCAGAAUGAGCAACAUCUGAGCAUCUCAUCCAGCAGCCUCCAACAGCUCAACGACCUGCUGAGCAGACUGACCUACACCAGCACCAUCUACCACAUCAAGACAGAAGACCUCGCGUACUUCUCUUUUGAGAAUCAUGAGGUCAUAUUCCCGAUUGAGAUCAGACGUUUGUCAGUUCCUGUUCUGUUUGACAUGGGAAAAGAUGUGAACUCUCAGGUGACUGUGCUAGUAAAAGCAUUUCUGCGUUACAAUGAACUAAAUGUCCUCAUCAACAGUAUCCGUGUGAACUACCCAAAAAUAAAGAUCAUUGUUGCUGAUGACAGUCUGAACCCAGAGAAGGUGGUCGGUGACAAUAUAGAGCACUACAUAAUGCCCCCAGCACAGGGCUGGUUUGCAGGAAGAAAUCUGGCAGUGUCGCAGGUCACCACUAAAUAUUUCCUGUGGGUGGAUGAUGACUUUGUGUUUCUCAAUGAGACGCGCAUUGAGAGCUUUGUGAACAUUAUGGAAGCCGUUCCUGAACUAGAUGUGGUUGGUGGUCAGGUAGGAGGAAAUCAGUUUGCCUUCCAGCUGAAAUACGAGGAAGGGAACAGUGAGGAAGGCGGCUGUAUCACGCGUGUCACUCGUACCCAUGCGCCCCUGCCGGGUUUCAAAGGCUGCUUCUUUGCAGAUGGAGUCGUCAACUACUUCCUGGGCCGGACGGAGGCUGUGCGGAGGGUCGGUUUUGACCCAUUCCUCAAAAGAGUGGCUCACACUGAAUUCUUCAUUGAUGGGCUUGGAGAUUUAUUAGUUGCCACCUGUAAAGGUCUCAGUAUUGGUCAUCAAAAACACGGUUCCACGAACAAGUAUGGUUCCUACAGGCAUCCUCCCAGAAGUGAUUCACAGGCGAAGAUGACCCACCAUUUUUUCAAGAACCAUCUGAAAUGCAUCAAAUACUAAGGAGCAUUUUAGGUGAAACAUGCCAUGCCUCACACCUCAUUAAUCAUUGGAUGUUUUUUUUUUUUUUUUUUUUUUUUUUACUCUACAAAUCAAAGGUUUGGAUCUACUUAUUCACAAGAAAGCUUGUUUUUACCAUGGAAUAAAAAAACGAAUUGCUAUUUUUCAAAAUUCUGAUUUUUUUUCUUCGCUAUUCUGAUUUUACAUCUCAAAAUGUAGACUUUGUUUCUUGCAGUUUUCCUCUUUUUCAGAUUUUUGGAUUUAAAUUUCUUGUAACUUUUUUUCUCUCAUAAUUCUGAGUCCGUAUUCUUUUUUCUUUUUUUCCCCACAAUUUUUGCCUUUUUUUUUAAUUGUAAGUUUAUAUCACAAUUAUGACUCUUUUUUAUUUUUCUCUCUAAAUCACAAGAAAAAAGUCAAAAUUAUGAAUUGUGAGAUAGAAACCCAGUAUUGCGAGAUAUAUCCUUGCAAAAAUUGCAAUUGCCUAUUCAAUCUUUUAGUCCAUGGUGAAAACAUGCUUACAAAGUCAUUAAAUCUAUAAAAGUACAGAUGGAAGAAUGAGAAUUAUAUAGUGACCAAACAUAUUUACUAAACUUAAUGUUUUCAUGGUCUGUCAGUGAGAACUGGUUGACUGGGUUUGAUUUUCCUUUCCUUUCAUAUCCACUCCAAAAGUUUUUUUAUUUAUUUUUUACUUAAUUUAAUUUUUGCAAAUGAAGUAAUGGCCUAUGGGUUGGAUGUUCAUGUGGGUAACUGGUAAUGAUUUCAGGAUAAAGAGGGUGAAAAUGAUAGUGUUACAUUCCUGUUUUUUUAUAAGUGGAUCAUACACGAUUUUUAUAAGUGAAGUAUAUAAAAGUGUACGCUGCUAAAUAUUACAGCUUAUGCUGGGAGUUCAUUUAAUUUUUUUUUUAAAUGUUAUUGCUUAUUUUUAGAACAUUCAAAGGUAGUUCAUUCAGAAAUAAUGUUCAUAACAAUGGUAGUGUUAGCAAAGUGUUCUUACUUUGUUAGCUGUGAUAGCACAUUAACAAGUGAACUGAAAACAAGUGCUGCAGUUCCUGUGAAUCACCUGUGUACUGUACACACUCUCAGAAUAGUUUUUUUACAAAAACUGUCACUGGGGGGAUGUUGGGUGGUACUGCCCCGUGACAGUUUUUGUACCUAAUUUUUUCUGAGAGUGUAGGAUUAAACUCAAGUUCAUUUUUGCUUGAGGUAGAAUUUUUUUUUUUUAAAUAUAUUUUGAUGGCGUAACCUGCAUAUUACUUAUUUAUAUAAUAGUCAGAUUUGUAUUUUAUUUGAUCAAAUCAACAGGCCUGCAAAGUCAAGUCAAGUCAA